CUUAGACGCCAGAGUCGCGCCUAAGUUCUCUUCACGCCACUUUCACCCCGCGCUUUCAGAUCACAGGCGUCGUCGCCAGUGAUCCAUCGUCUCCUCUGCAAUCAUGGCUGACAAAGGUCUCGAGGAGGUCCCUGAAGGCCAAAUCGAAUCCAACUACGAUGAAGUCACCGACUCCUUCGAUGCGAUGAACCUGAAGGCUGAGCUCCUCCGAGGUGUCUAUGCCUACGGUUUCGAGCGACCCUCCGCCAUCCAGCAGCGCGCGAUCAUGCCUGUUAUCAAGGGAUCCGAUGUGAUCGCCCAGGCUCAGUCCGGCACUGGAAAGACCGCCACCUUCUCCAUCUCCUGCCUGCAAAAGAUUGAUUCCAACCUCAAGGCCUGCCAGGCUCUCAUCCUCGCCCCUACCCGUGAGCUUGCUCAACAGAUCCAAAAGGUCGUGGUGGCUAUUGGCGAUUUCAUGAACAUUGAAUGCCACGCCUGCAUUGGUGGUACAAAUGUCCGCGAUGACAUGAAGGCUCUUCAAGAUGGCCCACAAGUCGUUGUCGGAACUCCAGGUCGUGUCCAGGACAUGAUCCAGCGACGUGUGCUCAAGACCGACAACAUGAAGAUGUUCAUUCUCGAUGAGGCCGAUGAGAUGCUUUCUCGUGGUUUCACUGAGCAGAUCUAUGACAUCUUCCAACUUCUGCCACAAUCCACCCAGGUCGUCCUCCUCUCUGCCACCAUGCCCCAAGACGUCCUCGAAGUCACCACCAAAUUCAUGCGCGAUCCUGUCCGUAUCCUCGUCAAGAAGGCCGAAUUGACCCUUGAAGGUAUCAAGCAGUUCUACAUUGCUGUCGAGAAAGAGGAAUGGAAACUCGAUACUCUCUCCGAUCUCUACGAAACCGUCACCAUCACUCAGGCUGUCAUCUUCUGCAACACCCGUAGGAAGGUUGAUUGGCUCACCGACAAGCUGACUGCCCGUGACUUCACGGUCUCAGCCAUGCACGGUGAUAUGGAGCAGGCUCAGCGUGAUGUGAUCAUGAAGGAGUUCCGAUCUGGAUCUUCGCGUGUCCUCAUUGCCACCGACCUGUUGGCCCGUGGUAUCGAUGUUCAGCAAGUUUCCCUGGUCAUCAACUACGAUCUCCCGGCAAACCGUGAGAACUACAUCCACCGUAUCGGUCGUGGUGGUCGAUUUGGCCGAAAGGGUGUUGCCAUCAACUUCGUCACUGCUGAUGACGUCCGCAUGAUGCGCGAAAUCGAACAGUUCUACAGCACUCAAAUCGAAGAGAUGCCAAUGAACGUUGCCGACCUCAUCUAAGCAACAUACUCUUUUGCGACAAACCAGAUCGUUUCCAUCUACGGCAUGUGGGACGGCGUUUGUUGCUGCAGAUUGUACGUGACUGCUAGAGAAAAGGUGGGAUGAAGCCUGUCUCCGACUGCUUGGCUCAAUGCUGUCGCAGCACGAAAAAGUCUAUGUAUUUUUUUCAGACUUGUUUUCCGGUUGAUGCAAGUUCGAUGAGCAUACGGCCGCGGCGAUACCAGAGACGCGGCUUCGUGUCGUUAUCUGGUGGAUGAAGUUUGCAGGCGUUGUU